AGAAGGAGAGAAGGCCAGAGAAAAGAAGGACUCACAUGGUCUUGUUGCUGUUUGGCUGUUGGGAGGGGGAUGUAACUCUAAGCUAUUCAUAGUGCUGAGAAACCUAAAGAACGAGGCGGAGGGUUAGCUUCACAUCGCCCAGAGUUUCCAACAGCUACUGUUCCCUCCGCAAAACCAAAAACUGAAAAUACACACUCUCAAGCCCCCGGAGGUCGUCUUCUUAACCUUCUCUUCCAUGCCUGUGGCGUUUCUGACCCUGUAAUACAGCGCGGUGAGACGUCAUGCAAGCGCAGGAGUUCCUUCGCCACCUGCGGAUCCCGGAGAUGGAUGACGUGCGGCAGUACGUGCGGAGUCUGCCGACCAACACGCUGAUGGGCAUGGGCGCUUUCGCCGCCAUCACCACCUACUGGCUCGCCACGCGCCCCAAAGCCCUCAAACCGCCCUGUGACCUCACCAUGCAGUCCGUGGAGCUCCCCGGCGGGGAAUACGCCCGUCGCUCCACUCUGCUAAACGGCGAUGAGAAGUACAUCACACACUUCUACAGCGAUGCCAGAACCAUGUACGAGGUGUUUUUACGAGGACUGAGGGUGUCCAAUGACGGGCCUUGCCUCGGAUCACGCAACGCAAACCAGCCGUAUCAGUGGCUCUCAUACAGACAGGUGGCAGACAGAGCGGAGAACAUCGGUUCGGCACUCCUUAGCAGAGGUCACUCUCACGACGGUGACAAGUACAUUGGCAUCUUCUCCCAGAACAGACCCGAGUGGACGAUUUCAGAGUUGGCCUGUUACACAUACUCACUGGUGGCUGUUCCCCUGUAUGACACACUGGGCACAGAGGCUAUCAGCUACAUCAUAGACAAAGCUGCCAUUUCCACGGUGAUCUGCGACAUCGCGGACAAAGCGCGGAUGAUUCUGGACUGCGUGUCGGGGAAGGGGGCAACGGUGAAGACCAUCGUGCUGAUGGAGGCGUUCGACAGCGAGCUGGCGGAGCGAGCGCAGAAGAGCGGCAUUCAGAUAAUUAGCCUACAGGAUCUGGAGGCUGCUGGCAAGGCCAACCAUAGGAAGCCUUUGCCUCCCAAACCUGAAGACCUGGCCCUGAUCUGCUUCACCAGUGGAACCACUGGAAAUCCAAAGGGCGCGAUUAUCACGCAUCUCAACGUGGUGUCCAAUUGUGCUGCGUUCAUUAAAAUAACAGAGGUGCAUUGCAUGUUGAGUCCCAGCGACAUUCACAUGUCCUACCUCCCUUUAGCACACAUGUUUGAGAGAGUGGUGCAGGGCGUCAUUCUGAUCCACGGAGGCCGGAUCGGAUAUUUCCAGGGAGACAUCCGGCUCUUGAUGGACGACCUGAAGGCCCUGCGGCCGACCGUGUUUCCCGUGGUCCCACGACUCCUCAACCGCAUGUUCGACAAGAUUUUCGGGCAGGCGAACACUCCGCUGAAGAGGUGGCUCCUGGACUUCGCCACGCGGAGGAAGGAGGCGGAGCUGAGGAGUGGCGUGGUGAGGAAGGACAGCAUGUGGGACAAACUCAUCUUCAGCAAAGUUCAGGCCAGUCUGGGGGGUCGUGUGAGACUGAUGAUCACCGGAGCCGCUCCUGUCUCUCCCACUGUCCUCACUUUCCUACGAGCUGCCCUGGGCUGCCAGUUUUAUGAGGGAUACGGGCAGACAGAGUGCACCGCCGGCUGCUCGAUGACACUGCCUGGGGACUGGACAGCAGGUCAUGUUGGUCCUCCGCUCCCCUGUAACUCCAUUAAGCUCGUGGACGUGCCUGAGAUGAACUAUUUAGCAGCUAAUGGAGAAGGAGAGGUUUGUGUUAAAGGACCAAACGUGUUCCAGGGGUACCUGAAAGAUCCGGAAAAAACAGCUGAGGCCAUAGAUAAAGAUGGCUGGCUGCACACAGGAGACGUCGGCAAAUGGCUUCCGAACGGCACUUUAAAGAUCAUCGACAGGAAGAAGCACAUCUUUAAGCUGGCUCAGGGAGAGUACAUCGCUCCGGAGAAAAUCGAGAACAUUUACAUCCGCAGCGAUCCCGUCGCACAGGCCUUCGUCCACGGAGACAGUCUCCAGGCGUGUCUGGUUGGCAUCAUUGUGCCAGACCCAGAUUUCCUGCCAGGAUGGGCAAAGAAAAGAGGCAUCGAAGGCUCGUACACAGAGUUAUGUAAGAGUAAGGAGCUGAAGAAUGCCAUUCUGGAGGACAUUGUGAGGUUGGGUAAAGAGGCUGGUCUCAAGUCUUUUGAGCAGGUACGGGACAUCUCCCUGCACCCUGAGAUGUUCUCCGUGCAGAACGGCCUCCUGACCCCUACGCUGAAGGCCAAGCGGACGGAACUCAGGGACCACUUUAGAGAACAGAUCGACCAGCUCUACGCUCGCAUCAAAAUGUGAGAACCCCCCCUCCCUCCGCCGCCGGGGAAAAACGAGGGACGGGGAAGAAGAGAGAGAAAGAAGAAGGAGAAGAAAAGGAAAAGAAACUCCAAAGAGAGACAGACAAUCAGCUUGAGAAACCACAGAGGGUUACAGACCUGCCCAGCUGUCGCUAAAGCAAACAGAUAAUCCAUUUCAGACCACGUGGAAAAAACGACUCCGACGAAAAACCUCUGUAUUGUUGUUAGUUUUUUUGUUU